GCAAUGCGUGAACAUGGGCUUGGGGGAACCAGCUGUCAGACAGGAGACCCAGUUUGCUCCAGAGACUGUCCUGAGUGAAGAAGAGUGUAAGGAAGCCAUCACAGUGAUUAAGUAUUCAGCCGAUGAGGACACAAUCAAGAAGAAGAUGAAGCUCACAUUUGACUUCCGGCGCAACAUGGUCCUCUACCCCCAACAGCCAAGCAAAAUACUCUCUGUCUUUUCACAUUUCAAAGAUGUCAAAGGCUUGGUGGAGCAGGAUUUUGUCCUGAUGUUUGAAGAAGACGUGUCUGGCAAGUUUCUGGAGCAACAGAUGACCACGUUCAAGAGAAAGAUCAUCCAACAAUGCAGAAAACUUCCAACCACCAGUGACCUUGAAGAACUUCUCCUGGCAGCUGACCCUCCUGAGGAUGCCACUGAAGUGGAUGAUGACAUGAGUUGGGAUAAUGACCUCUCAUCAAUUUUGCUGCUGCAACACCUCAUUCCCCCCUCUGCAUUGGGCCAAAAGAAACCUUGGAAGAUGUCUGGCUAUCAACCAGAGAAGCAUCUUGUGGUCUUCAAGAAUACAGAAAUCAGCAUUCAAGAACAUCUUGAUGCUGUCAUGAGCACACAACCCUAUCUCCUGGCUGUGGGACAGAGGAAGAAAGUAGAUCACCAGUUCUUCAUCCUUGACAAAAAUGUCAUUGCUUGCAGGUCAACUUCUUCUCUUGGUGCUUUUGACGAACUGUUUAAGGCACAUUACGUGUUUGCCGCAACAUACAACCCUGUGUUAGUUUCUUCAAGCAACAAUUAAAAAGCAUUAAAAACAUUACUAAAACAUUAGCGAAAAAGCAUAAAAGUUACAUGGCAAUGUAUCAUGAAUCAUUUGGCAAGGAAAGAUUCAGUGUAGGUCCAGGAAAGAUGGUGACACUUUGUGAGUUAAAAGAGGGAGAAGCGAUUGCUGCAAAGUUUGGAAUUGUUUCGACAACCAGUGUGGUUUCUGCCAAGUGGAUAAAAUACUAUGGUACAGAGUACCGUCCUGACUUUAUUAUAUGUACUGAGGUAGCAUGUGAGAUGCCUGUAUUUUGUAAGAUUCAAACAAUUGUUGUAAAAGAUGACAGUGUUUUGCUCUGUGGAAAAUUGAUGGAAACCAUGUGUUCUGAUGACCACUACCAUGCCUUUAAGGUCAAGCUGCAUCCAGAUAAUGUUCGAAAGGUUUUGCAUAUAAAUGAUCUGUUAUACUUCAAACCAUUUGAUGUUCAAAUGAAGUACGGUACGACAGAUACUGCCUUAUAUGCGGUUCCAUAUUGCCAUUUUAUGCAGACAUAGGAUAAUUUUGCUAAUGGUGUUCUUAAGAGACUGAAGUUAACUGUUUGUGGACUUGA